CGGCAGCGCUGGUUCCGUGGGAGCAUCACGGUGGUUUCUGAGGCCAGGGGAUACUGGGGGACCUGCGGAGGGUCCCGGCCGGUGGCUCCAGUCGCCCGAGCAAAGUUUCGAACCUGAGGCCGAGGCCGGAGCCGGCGGCCAAGGAUGACCACGCUCACGCGCCAAGACCUCAACUUUGGCCAAGUGGUGGCCGACGUGCUCUCCGAGUUCCUGGAGGUGGCCGUGCACCUGAUCCUCUAUGUGCGCGAGGUCUACCCAGUGGGCAUCUUCCAGAAGCGCAAGAAGUACAACGUGCCGGUUCAGAUGUCCUGUCACCCGGAGCUGAACCAGUACAUCCAGGACACGCUUCACUGCGUCAAACCACUCCUGGAGAAGAACGAUGUGGAGAAGGUAGUGGUGGUGAUUUUGGAUAAGGAACACCGUCCAGUGGAGAAGUUUGUCUUUGAGAUCACUCAGCCGCCCUUGCUGUCCAUCAGCUCAGACUCCCUACUGUCUCACGUGGAGCAGCUGCUGCGAGCCUUCAUCCUGAAGAUCAGUGUGUGUGACGCUGUCCUGGACCACAACCCUCCAGGCUGCACAUUCACAGUCCUUGUGCACACAAGAGAAGCUGCCACUCGAAACAUGGAGAAGAUACAGGUCAUCAAGGACUUCCCGUGGAUCCUGGCAGAUGAACAGGAUGUCCACAUGCAUGACCCCCGGCUGAUACCCCUAAAAACCAUGACGUCGGACAUUUUAAAGAUGCAGCUCUACGUGGAAGAGCGAGCUCAUAAAAACAGCUGAGGGCGUGCCCGCCACCUGGUGCCCAGCUGUCCCACUCUGGGGCCCCAGCCCAGGGCGGUGCUGCAGGGCCCCCGACUCCAAGUGCUCUUAUCGCCUUGACAUGUGGCCGCCCCUCUGGUUGGGCUGCUCAGUCCUGCUUGCCUCGGUGAGGCAGCCUUCCCAGGAGGCCAGGGAAGAAUGCCUGGACAGACACCCUUUCUCAGCAGCCUCCUGGGGCUCAGCCGGCCACCGCUGUCCAUCUGAAUACUGUGCUGUGAGUUAUCGUUAAUAAAGGGGCCCCAAAGGGC